GAAUAAAUUAACAGGUGAAGGAUGAAAAAUCACCACCUACAUCGCGAGCAUAUCGGACACUUAUCUUGAGACUCCCAACGUGCUAUAUAAAGCAAUGGUUAUCUGCUGUGGUCUGCUUUCUGCGAACAGUAACGCCAUGAAGUUUACUGCCCUGCUGAGCAUCUUCGGCGCGUGCGUUAUCGCCAGCGCCGUGGUGGAGUGCGGACUCAUCGCUCCUCGCCUCACGCUCAGCUUCAACUCCAUUCUGGACAACCUGAUCACGUCCAUCCAGAAGAACGCCACCGGUUACGGGGUCAACCCGUACAACAUCAAAGACAUCAAUGACACCUUCCACUUCGGACUCCUGAAGGGUGGUCUGUACCUCGACAACGGCAAGAUAUACGGCAUUGACACCAUCUUCAGGACUGGCAACGCUUCGGCCGACCUGGAGGGCGGACACGCCACCGUGGAUGUGUCACUCGGCUUCAAGGAUCUCACGUACACGAUGGACUUCGCGGCGAAGGUGGGGAAGCUGGGCCCGCGAGGCAAGGUCAGCGGCGACAUCACCAACCUGUUCGUCGACGUCACGCUGCUGGCCAACAUGAAGAACACCUCCGACAUCACCGCCAACAUACAGAAGUUCAAGCUCACCGACAAGGGGGAGGUGACCGUGCACUUCGACAGCAAGGACCUGAUAGCUGAGAUGCUGCUGAACACACUCAACGAGGUCGUCACCAAGCUCUUCAAGAACGUCAUCUUCGACAUGAUGGAGAAGGAGGUCGGCAAGCUGGCCAACUCCACCAUCAGCAAGAUGCACCUCGACAUCGACUCGCUCACGGGUCGCUCGGCGACGCGCCUGGCCCAUGGCCGCCGUCACUAGGAGCCGCGCGCUCUCUUGUAACCACGCUCUGCUACCAUGCCUACCGACCCGAGCCGCCUCGCGCGCGUGUCGUGACACCGGAGACAAACAAGGAGUCUAGUGCGUCAACAGCUAUUUUGGCUACACUGGACCGAAUUAUCCUCGUUUAACUGCACCACCAGGGUGAAUAUGUAUUACAGAUGUAUUAAUCUUUGCUCGUGCACAACGAGUGUCCAAAUAAAUAUGUUUCAACAAUAA